UUAACUGUCCAAUGUGAACGGAAUUCGGUGCUCCAUUCCAGCUCAGAAACGCUUGGUGGUUGAGUGAGGCUUGGAUUGUGCGUGUUUCGACGGAUUAGAGUAAAUUAUUCGGCAACAAACCCCUCGUGCCCCGCUAUGUGAUUGGUGUCUAGCGUAAUUACCUGGUGGUGUAGGCGUACGCUUUCUUAUUCAAUUAGUCGCCUGCCUGACGUGGUCUAGAGAAGAAGCGCUACGGAAGUGAGUGAACCGAAAUGGUAUGAAAUUUGUUCACCAACUGUGGAGUCGGUAGACAAUGGUACCCAUUUCCUUUGCAAUUCCUAGUUAAAAUGCCCAAAUGAAGGCGACAGUUUUUUUAAAGAACAUGAAAUUACAGUAGUAUGUGCUUACCGAUCUGUUUCGGCCUAUGGAUCUUGCCUGCGACAACAGAACUAAAGAUCGAUUUCGCGUGUGUAAAAUUCCGGAUGUUUUUUCAUUAAUAGCCGAUGGUGGAGAAGUUAAGUGAAAAACAAACUAGUGGACAAGUUCCCAUUGCGGUGUUAUUUAGGAGAUUAACAAACGACGCAACAAUAAUCGCUGCCGAAGUUACGAUAUCGAUUAAACUAACAACGAAAACAAGUAGAUCUUAGGAUGAUGCCGUCAGCCUCAACAACGAUAGACGAAGGCCUCAAAAGUGCACAGACCAGUUCAACUAGUCGAAUCAUCGCACUUACAUCAAACUGGACUUGGCAAUCUUCCUGGUGGGAUCGACGGACCCGGAACGAGCGGACACUCUGUGGGAUAGCUUCUGUUGCCGUGGCGAUGUUUCUGGCUACAGCGAUUGCCUUAGCCGUUGUAGGGCAUCAGUACCAAAACAUACUCGCUCAACGAGGCGUAGCUGUGCCCGGUGCCAUUGGACACCUGGUGGCCCCGCUGUCGAGAUCACCCAGCGCAGCGGGUUCAGUAAACAGCGCGUUAGUGCGAGCUGACCCUCCGAAGGCCGCUAUGUCCAACUACGAAAAUCUCUGUCUUACCCAAGGUUGCGUAAAGGCUGCAGCACAGAUUAUUGAAAAUAUGGACCCAACCACAAAUCCGUGUUCCGAUUUCUAUCAGUUCGCCUGUGGCCAAUGGAUCCAGAGGCAAUCGAUCCCUGACGACAAGUCAUCCAUAACCCAGUUCUCGAUUAUCCAGGACGAAUUGGACGCAAAACUGCGUGUCAUCGUUGAAAAACCUGUCAACCCGAAGAAAGACCAACCUCACGUCGUAAACCUUAAGAACCUCUAUCAGAGCUGCGUGAACACCAGCACUCUAGACAGGCUUGGAGAAGAACCAUUGCUGAAGGUUCUUCGAGAGCUGGGUGGUUGGCCCGUCGUAGAGGGUGCGAACUGGAAAGGCAACUCAUCCUUCAAUUGGCUGCAGACAAUUAUCGCGUUUCGUAAACUCGGCUACUCCCACGACAUUAUUUUCGAUCUAAGUGUCAUCCCUGACUUCCGCAAUAACACAAAACACCUCAUCGACCUCGACCAGGCAACCCUCGGGCUGCCUGACCGUACAUACCUCCUUAAGGGAAUGUCGGAUUCUGUUGUGAAGGCUUACUUCAAGCUCAUGACAGAAGCAGCCUCACUCCUUGGGGCCAAGAAUACAGACCAAACUAGAAAGGAGCUCGAGGAUGCACUUCAUUUCGAAACAAUGCUCGCUAAUUAUUCGCUUCCCCGGGAGGAACGCCGUAAUAUCUCCGCUCUCUACAACAAAAUGCCCCUUUCUGAACUCAAGAAGUUUUCGCCAACUAUCAACUGGGACCUGUACUUUAAUUCACUGCUCGUGGAUCACAUCGACGACGACGAAAUGAUCAACGUGGGUGUACCGAACUUUAUCGCUCAGGUGGCCAAGCUGCUCCAGACCGUGGACAAACGGACCCUCGCCAACUACAUGAUGUGGCGUGUAGUACUACAGUCGUAUGCAACGUUAGGGAAAGCAUGGCGAGAUCAAUUGCACAACUUCAAUUCCGUUCUCACUGGAAAGACGCGUGAAAAUCCCCGCUGGGAACAAUGCAUGACAUCUCUGACAGGGUCACUUGGUCUGUCACUCUCGAACCUUUACGUAAAAAACUUCUUCCACGAAGAUUCAAAGGAUCAUGCAUUGUCUAUGGUCAAAUACAUUACAAACGAAUUCCUCAAUAUUAUAAAAGAAGUGGACUGGAUGGAUAGUGCGACUCGUCUACGGGCCAAAAAUAAGGCGGAAGCGAUUGUUCCAUACAUUGGAUAUCCGUCUGAGCUGAUGAAUGAUACCCUGCUUUCUGACCACUACACAAACGUUUCAAUGAAAUCCGACGAGUAUUUCAAGAAUGUCAUGCAAUUAAGACGGUGGUCGACCGACUACUCCUUCGGACAACUCCGUAAGCCUCACAUCAAGGGUGAGUGGAAGAAACAUGCUCAAGUUGCUGUCGUAAACGCGUUCUAUAACUCACUUGAAAACUGCAUCGAGUUUCCAGCAGGCAUCUUACAGGGCGCGUUCUUUUCGAAGGAUAGGCCCAACUACCUUAAUUUCGGAGCAAUAGGAUUUGUAAUCGGUCACGAAAUCACCCACGGUUUUGAUGAUCGAGGCAGACAGUUCGACAAGGAUGGUAACAACAAAAACUGGUGGGAACACGAGACUGACGAAAAGUUCAAGGGUAGAGCUCAGUGUAUUAUUCAUCAGUAUGGAAAUUAUACGGUUCCUGAAAUUAAUAUGCCCGUUAACGGAAUUAAUACGCAAGGCGAAAACAUCGCCGAUAAUGGAGGCAUUAAGGAAGCUUUUCGGGCAUACCGCCAAUGGGUAAAAGAUAAUGGCCCAGAAGGAUCCCUGCCUGGGUUAAACUACACAGCCGACCAGCUCUUCUGGAUCUCGGCAGCGAAUGUUUGGUGCGGCAAAUACCGACCAGAGGUCAUGCGCCUUCGCACCAUCUCUGGCUCACAUAGCCCGGCCCCUUAUCGAGUUAUUGGACCAAUGUCGAACACGAUUGAAUUUGCUGAGCAGUUUAACUGCCCUAUUGGCUCACCAAUGAACCCAAAGCACAAGUGUACUGUGUGGUAAAUGACAAUUAACUCCAAUCGAAUUUGUGGCGAAACAACAAUAAAGUUGAACGAUGGAAACAUUCUAUAUCCCAUCGA